GAAUGCUUUAAAGGAUUUGAAUACUAAAAAGUAUUUACAAAAUCGAAUACUGCCCAGCUCUGGAGUCAAUGCACCCUCGGAUUCUUUGCAGAGUGGCAAAGCGAAGCUGUGGAAAUUGGUCCCUAGGCUAUUGAUUCACCCUAAAAAAAUUCGAAAUAAUUCGCUCACGAGAAUAUGGGUCUCACAGAAAACUGUGCAUCCCCUAAAAAGCUGGUUCAGAAAAUUUCUCUUGGAGCGAGUUUCAGCGGGGAUAACGAACUGUUGAGAUGGAAUUGGUCGCGGCGAGUCUUCCCCUUGAAGACGAUAAUUAUGGAAAAUCUAUUUUGGACUUCCCAAAGUCUUCGGUAUUUUUGAAUGAAUGAAUAUCCAUCCACAAUUAUUGAAAUGGGUUUGCAAUAUUGUAACUUUAUCAAAGACUUAUACAAACAACUUUCUAUUUGAUUCUAAACUUCCUGAUUUCUUAUCAUCCUAAUUACGCCAGCCGAAGAUAAAUGAACAACCUCAGUACCACUCUAGCUAUGAAGUACCUCGUUGGACUGUUACUGCUGCUCGCAUCCGCACGGGCUGUAGAGAAUCAUGGAAACAGCUUCGUGAAGGGCAUCGCCAACGCAAUUGAGGAAACGUGCAAGAGAAAUGGUGGCGAGUUUAGCUACGAUAACUUGGUGAAGUCGGUUGGGGAGAUGAGUAAUUUUACGAACACCCGGUUUAGUCUGCAGAAAAUUAAGGACGAAGUGAAGAGGUCGCGCACUACCGGAGAUUUGAAUGAGGUCGUGGGGAAGUAUUGCGAUUUACGCGUUGCGCUGCUCGAGCGCGUCCAUGCAAUGAUGGAUGGAUUUGCAAACUGCGUGGAGGUCGACAAAAGGAACGUCUUCACUCAGAUUUGGAAGGUGACGGAUGGGUUAGUCAACUUUGUUUGUGAAAGCGACGGGGAACGAAUCGUUUCUUACAUCGUAGAAGAUGGCUUUCAGUGCGUUAAUGACAAAUGGGUUCCUAUGCAAAAGUGUGGGUCUGCUGCUGUCGAUAAGUUUAGCGAGACAUGGGACGCGUGUCGCGGUUUCACAGAAGUUCAGCAGUGUGUCGUGAAGACAAUGAGCAAUUGUAGCAACAGUAUUCCAGCAACAAUCUUGGACGAGCUCCUUAAUUUUCUGUACAUUUCUCAAUGUUCUAAUUUAGCAUAAGUAUGGAUUAUUGAAUAAAGUGCUCUCCAAAC